AUGUCCUUACCCGUUCGUGUGAAGGAGGAACGUGUUUCGGUGUCCCAUCCGACACGCCUACCUGAUCCGGCAGCUCUGGUGUGUAGUAAGCUAACCUCAUGCCCUUAUUUGUCUGUAAGGGAUUUGAUUUCAGGUUCGGACGCAGAGCGGGCUGAGAAGACACAGUUAUUGAUUCUGCAACUAUCUAGAUGCCACCAGACGGAACAUUUUAAUUUGGCAUCUGACGCUUCCGAUUUUUGUGCGUUACUGCGUAGCGUUAGUAACUCGCUGCAAGUAAAGGUCUGCGAGUUGCUUGUGGCUUAUAUUAAGGCCGUAUAUGUUGAUACCCAUUUAUUAGACAAUGACGAAGGCAUACGUUCGUCAGAGUCACUUUUGGAUUUUUAUCGCAUACUUCAUAACGACAUCGUAGAGUUUGCAUUGCCGAACGUAAGGGCUGGAGACCAAUGCGCUCUCUUCAUAUGUAACCUCAUUUCAAUAUGCUCAUCACGCAAGGUGUUUGCUGCCAUCGUGGAUUUGUUCAGUCGCAGUGUACGUGAUAUUUUAACUAGCGGCGGAGAUGGCACGCCGAGAGAACUUGCCGCUGAUCAUGCUAGACGUGUCAUCGGUAUGAUGAAGGCACUAUUGUUUUUGACGAAGGCGUUCGGCACUCCAACAGCACCGUCUGCUGAACUGUGCUCUAUUGCUUCAAGUGUGAUAACGUCUACAAAAACACAUAUGUGCCGACUAUACAGUUAUAACGUCAUUGCAUUCCUGCUACGAGAUGUCAGCAGCCAGGAUGCAAUUAAGGACACGCUUCCAAAUCUAACCGCUUCGCAGCUAAAGCAUGUUGUAGCACUGAUGAAGGAGGCGAAUCAUGUGGUAAACAAACGGGAAUGGUCCUUUCAACAUACCCCACCCACGCCGCCGGCCCCUGUGAUGUCUACGCCUAUAAUUUCACAGCCACCAUUGGAGCCUUCGGUUGAAACGGUGGUGAGACCUACUCUACCGUUACAAGAUGUUCUGCCUUGUUCGCCAAAUGAGCACAUUCCUACUGUGUCUAUAAAUGAGGCCUCUGCUGUAGCCGCCACAGUAACACCUCUUGCUGUACGUCGUGAUGUCGUUUCAGUGGGUGUAAGCUUCGCUGCCGCUACGAACGUAACUGCGGCAGUUAGUGACGUGCCUAGGACACUCACCGGAACUUAUACGCAGAGUAUUGUUAGCGUGGCUCCCUCGACGGCUCCUCUCACCGCACACUCCACACGGUCGCCUACCCGUCCUACAUCGCCUGAACUGACACAGGAAUCAUCUGCUCAUACGUUCAAAAACGACUGGUACAAGAUGUUAUCAAUGCAAUUCUCGUACUCCGGGCAAGGGUCAACCUCGUCUUCGUAUGACAGGGAGGCUUGGAAGGCGAAAAACCAGGCUCUGACAGCUGUUGUGGAACAUGUGCAACGCAUGCCCUCCAGGAUGACCAUGGGCACCUAUGGGACCCAGAUCGUCGAGAUUUUGGAGAACAUUUUGAAGUUCGAAUCUGCUAUACCCAUCAUUUUAGGUGCAUUGCGCUUGCUGGCACUUUUACUAGAGAAGUGUGGCGAGGGCAUCAUACGACAUCUACGCUCUUCUACAAUCUUUGAUCUGGUAUUUGAGCGUUUGAAAGACACUAACAGUAAGGUACAAGGCGUCUCAAUAGAGACCGUUGCUUGGUUGAUUAAGUAUGGUGACGGUACAGUGGUGUUAGAAGCAAUCAAGCGAUCUUUAGGCCACAAAUCACCGCAGGCACGUAUAGCUAUGUGUAACAUUAUCUGCGGGGCUGUGAAGUUACCUGAAGAGGUAGGGAACAUAUCACAAGAACUCCAAUGUCACAACUCACAACUUAUCCCACUCUUGUCAUCUAUGGUAUCGGACAAGAAUGUCAAAGUACGUAACGCUGCGAUGGAAUGCAAACGUGCACUGGAAGAUAUCAACUAUGUGCCAGCACGAGCUUCAUCGGCCAAGGUAGAUCCCCUGCGAGCAACCCGAACGUUAUCCGUUCCCGCUCCUGCCAAAACCCGCCAGCAAUCUUUACAAGCUGCCAACCGUAGAACUGUAUCAGCUGAAGAAAGCGCAGCUCAUCUUGAUUCACCAACUGGCAAGUCAACGGCAGUUGUAUCGCGGGUUUCUGAUGUUACGGACCAACCAGCUGGCCCAACGUCAAGCACUGCGCCCGUGAAGCGCAAGCUGGUUCGCCGUUUCUUAAAGAACAGUAUACGUAAGAAGAGCGACGAUAAUAAGGUCCCAACGUCUCGACCUAGCUCCAAUGCAACACCAUCUGAUGAGCCCUUUCCAACAGGGCCAUCGAAUGUGAUGGACUUGGACGUCCCAGUGCCAGUUGAGGGGCGUUCAGCUUCGGUUGUUUCUUCUGGUGUGACCGAAAGCACUCCAAGCUCAGCAACGUCUGCACCAUUUACACAAAAGGAUUCGAUGCAAUGCGAUGUUGUUCAAUCUAGUCCCGCGCUGGUCUCUCAUGUGACGCAAGAUUCCACAGCUGCCAGUGCCACUGUAGACUUUAGAUCUUACAUCGGGUCUGCAACAUCAAAUUAUGCUGUUGAACAACCUCCUUCUGCAGCAGAAGCGGCCUUGUCGGCACACGUUCCAGAUACUAUUAUAAACAAGGUUGCCAGGCGAGGAACUUCCCGCCGUGGCUUCGCCGAAGGGUUGUAUGAACUCUCUAAGUGGCUACAGGGUCAUUUGGAUUUGGCUGAUCUCCUCAAAGACGAUAUUAUACAGUUCAUCAACGACUGCACCAACGGCUUCCGUGAAUACACAAAGACGGGAAGGGCUGCUUUAUAUUCGUUCUUGGAGGACUUCGUCUCAUAUGGUAUAUGCGGAGAUAGCGUGAAGAUGGUUGUCUUAGCAUUAUCGUCUGAAAUCACUAACCCUAAGGUAGCAUCGCUACUCAAACAGUUGGCACCGGGCUGUGACGUCGACUCACUCGUUUCCAUGUUGUUGGACGCCAACAAAGGUACGGAAGACACCUCCGUACGUUCAGCCAUUUUGAAUAUCUUCUGCGAAGUACUUACACCGGAUGCAGUGGCAGCUUUGAACACAACUACCGUGUCCACGAUCGUCGAUUUCUGUCUACCCAUAUCUGGAUCUCCUCAUGUGGAAUUAUCACGCUUGUCAGAAAGGGUUUUAGAUUUGCUGGAUGCUGUUCCCUCGGAAGGUGAGAAUACCAUGCAGGUGGAUACUCCAGAAUCCGCCGCAUCUCCUCAAAACGGUAUACCCAUGAAUACUGCCCAGCCGUUAAAGGUCACAUUGCCUACGCCAGAUCAGGUUACGACUCCUCAAAUCGAAGAAGGGCCAUACACUCCUCCUUCGACAAGUGACAAGACUGCUGCGAAUUCAGAAGGGCACAUCUCACCUAGUUCCAGUUCAAUACCUGCCACAGCACCUGUCUGUGAUGCACCAGUGAAUGCACAGUCAUUCUUUGUUUUAGCUGAUAGGUUCUCAAACGAGGUAGCUGCACCACCUUUACGACUGGAAGGGGCAGUUUCUAGUGAUUUGUAUGCUUCUAUGUUUGAGAGCAGUCAGGAUAGUAGUUUGGAGCGUGCAUGCCUGUUUUGGGAAACAUUCCUUCACCAACCCACAGACUUACUUCACAAUGUUCUAUCUGGAGAAAAUGUGCGCUUCGAGCUUUUAACUUGGUUAUGUCAAACCUUGCUCCGCGGCACUUGUGAAAGGGUGAUUUUGCGUUGCCUGGACCAUCUAUUUGGAAAGGUCAAAGAGAUGGGUAAUAAGUUAUCUGUGGAAGAAGCAAGUAUGAUUAUCGAUUCGCUAGGGAAAUAUCAUGACAGGAGUCCUGGUGACGCAUUAAUCGCUUUCGACCAUCUAUUGCAAGUGAUAAAUGUAACGGAAGAGAUUAUAGCGUCAUGUUCUUCUCACAGUGUAUGGAGAGAUGUGUUGCCUGGUCACGUAGCAUCCCCUUUACUUCAGCAGGAAGCGAUCCAACCUCUUGAGACAAACUCGGAGGCUACCACAACUGCGAGUGCAAGAGAGGGUGAAACUAGCGAUUUCAUGCCAGUGGACACAUUAGACAAUGAAUCGCCAGAAAAUGGCACCGAGUCUCAUGUUGAUGGAGAUCAGCAAAACUGUUAUGCCACUACACUACCUGGAGCUGUGGAAGAACCAGCACCAUUACGUAUUUCUCUAGGUAGCCAACCAACGACACCUGUGACAGCACCCCUUUUCAACUCGUCUGUUCUGGAUUUGGAAUCCUCCAGGAAGUCGGUAGAUAAUCCAUCGCAACAUUCUUCGAUGCGGCCUGGACCGGUCUCUGCUGAUGUGUCACCAUCCACGGCAGCUUCAUCGUCGGCUUCAGUUUCCACACGUCCAAGCUCUAAAUAUGAAGAUGGUCCAUCUGAACCAGCUUCAUCUCGAAGUGAAGUUACACCGAUAGAUUGUGAAGUUGGGUUACCUGAGGUACCAAUUCUUUCCUCAAGAUUAUCUCUAGCAUCACAAUCUUCUCUGUCACCAGUUGCCUCUCUUAUUCCCUUACUACCAAAUGAUGGCCAACAUUGUGCCAUACCCGCUAAAGAAUUUUGUGACGCAGCGACGUCGCCGAUAGUUGUCAUCAACGAAGACCAGCUGGAUCCCGUUAUGGAUAUAUCUUCGGUACCUGUUGACCACGCAUUCGCGCAUUCAUUGGCUAGAAGUUUUACUAACAGUUCCGAUAUAUCCAAUGAUUACAUCUCGAUGCCAGAGUUGCAACAUUUCUCUGAGGCACCGGCUGACAACAAGGUUACACCUGCCACCCUCGAGAUUGAUAGCGAUGAGGAGCAUGUGGAACCUCUCGAUAAUGUUCUAACGAGCGGCGUGUCUGAGAAGGACACGAUUGCAACUGACAUUUCAUGCCGAGUUGAUGAGGCAGUGAAUACCAUAACAGGUCCAUAUGUGACUGAAAAGCAUGAGGGAAUCGAGAUUGGCAUUCAAACAACUCCUGUUGUUCCUACGGUGAAUCUACAGAGCGAAAGAGAAGAUGCAGGUGCUGUGGCCACGCCAAGUCCAUUGGAUUGUGUUGUGGUUUCUUCGGCAUCCUCGGCUGUUGUUGAGUCUGCGCGCAGCUCAGUUUCACGCAUUCUUUCGCGCCACUUACGCAGUGAAGGUUUGGAUUGUGACAGUGAUGAGGCGGUAUGUUUCCAACGAUCGAUGAAGCUGGUUGAGGUUAUUUUAUCAGAUUGUUCUUACGUUGCCAACUUCUGUUUGCUCUCGAAUUAUCAGGAUUACCAUACACUUGUGCCGUCAUUUAACGACGACGGUAUGAUUGAGGGUUGUGUUGAGCGUGCUCAUCGUGUGUUGGAAAACCUUUCCACAUUUACAGAUCCGCAGGUACUACUGGCUCUUUCUCCUGUGUUGAUAGAUGCGUGUCACGUAUCUAUUUUGCGUUUAUGCAAAGAGAUUGAAAGGUCAUCUGAACUUGCCAUUGCUACGGACAAGGUUGUUGAAGCCAUAGUUGCUCUUAUCGAACUAUUUACCGUUUCGGCGCAGCAUCUCGAUGGUCGUGCAUUGUUGCAAUACUGUUCUGUGGUGAUUCACUGUUUGGCGCUUCCAAAGGCGUGUUUCCACAGUAACGUGAAGCUUUACAAUGGUCUAAGCCGUUUGAUAUCGGUUAACGCUUUGGGGCAGUCUACAGACAUUCUUGCCCGUUUGUUGGUUGUCUGUCUGGAGCUUAGCGUGCAGUCUCUUCGUCGAGGGGAUAGAGGCCGCAUACUACUGGCUAUGCUUCGCCUAACUAAGAUAUUCCAAGGACAGAUUAUGUUACGUAUCGGUAAAAAGAAGACAGUGAGUACUGUGACCCGUUCUGAGUUGUACAAGAGUCACUCUACUUACGUGGGUAUGUUGCGUAGUUAUAUGCGCAACGCCGCGUGCACUGCAACUCUCGAGACUCGCCUUCACGACGCUGUCUGCCAAUCUAACCUAUUGAUGAGGUUGUUACGCGAGCUCGGGGUAUGA